GCCCGGGCACGGGGCGGGCGGGCGUGAGGCGUGCGGACGAAGUUUCUCCGGCGGGGAGGGAAGGACGCGGCCCCGCGGCGGCAGCCCGGCUUUGGCCAUGAAGAGGAAACAGAAGAGGUUUCUGCAAAUGACGCUGCUCUUCACCGCGGCGCUGAUUUUCUUGCCCGACAUCGGCCUCUGGUCUCUCUACAGGGAGAAGCACCUGGUGAAGCCGGCCGAGCCCGCUGAGCCUCAGACAAUUCCAUUGGGGCUGGGAGAUGGACAGUUGUUCACCUGGACUGAUGGACUGAAAAGGAAGGAUUGGCACGAUUAUGAAAGUAUUCAAAAAGAUGCUAUGCGUUCAGGGAAAGGUGAACAUGGAAAGCCCUACCCUCUGACAGAGGAAGACCAUGAUGAUUCAGCUUAUAGAGAAAAUGGCUUCAACAUAUUUGUUAGCAACAAUAUAGCACUGGAGCGGUCUCUGCCAGACAUCCGACAUCCUAACUGUAAGCACAAGGUGUACUUGGAAAAGCUACCAAAUACCAGCAUAAUUAUCCCAUUUCAUAACGAAGGCUGGACUUCCCUCUUGCGAACCAUACACAGUAUUAUCAACCGCACUCCAGACAGCCUCAUCGCAGAAAUCAUUCUUGUGGAUGACUUCAGUGACAGAGAACAUUUAAAAGAGAAGCUGGAGGAAUACAUGGUCCGUUUUGCCAAAGUGAGGAUUGUACGUACCAAGAAACGAGAAGGGCUCAUUCGGACCAGACUGCUAGGAGCCUCGCUGGCUAGAGGAGAAGUCUUGACAUUUCUGGAUUCCCAUUGCGAAGUCAACGUGAAUUGGCUGCCUCCCCUGCUUAACCAGAUUGCACUAAACCACAAAACCAUCGUGUGUCCUAUGAUUGAUGUCAUUGACCACAAUCAUUUUGGCUACGAGGCACAGGCAGGGGAUGCCAUGCGAGGAGCUUUUGACUGGGAAAUGUACUACAAAAGAAUCCCGAUUCCUCCUGAGCUCCAGAGAGCUGAUCCCAGCGACCCCUUUGAGUCUCCUGUGAUGGCUGGAGGUCUAUUUGCCGUUAACCGGAAGUGGUUUUGGGAGCUGGGAGGCUACGAUCCAGGAUUAGAAAUAUGGGGAGGAGAGCAGUAUGAAAUCUCCUUUAAGGUGUGGAUGUGUGGAGGUGGCAUGUUCGAUGUUCCAUGCUCUAGAGUUGGGCAUAUCUACAGGAAGUAUGUCCCUUAUAAAGUUCCUUCUGGAACCAGCCUAGCGCGUAACCUGAAGCGUGUGGCGGAGACAUGGAUGGAUGAGUUUGCAGAGUACAUUUACCAGCGACGGCCCGAGUACAGACAUCUCUCGACUGGUGACAUCUCCGCCCAGAAGGAACUUCGCAAGCACCUGAAAUGUAAAGAUUUCAAGUGGUUCAUGGCUGCAGUGGCUUGGGAUGUCCCCAAAUAUUACCCACCUGUGGAGCCUCCACCUGCUGCCUGGGGGGAGAUUCGAAAUGUGGCAGCCAAUCUCUGCGUGGACAGCAAACACGGAGCCACGGGGACUGAACUGAGGCUAGACAUUUGUGUGAAGGAUGGCUCAGAACGGACGUGGUCACACGAACAGCUGUUCACUUUUGGCUGGAGAGAAGACAUCCGUCCCGGGGAGCCACUUCACACCAGGAAGUUCUGCUUCGAUGCCAUCUCUCACAGUAGCCCUGUCACACUGUAUGACUGUCACGGGAUGAAGGGGAACCAGCUCUGGAGCUAUAGGAAGGACAAAACUUUGUUCCAUCCGGUAAGCAGCAGCUGCAUAGAUUGCAACCCAUCUGAAAAGAAGAUUUUCAUGAACAGAUGUGAUCCUUUAUCUGAGACUCAACAGUGGGUUUUUGAACAUAUUAAUAUGACUGUUUUAGAAAAAUUUAACAGCAAGGCCAGUUCCUAGGGAAAGCAAAAAGAUGAACACACCCAGUCGCACACAGCCUGCAGACUACGUUUUCGCCAGCAUCUGGGUCGAAGGAGUCAGGAAUUAAAUUUCCUAGAUCCAGGAAGUCUGUUCUAAGGAUUAAGAAAAUGCCCCAGCAAGAACCAGCAGGCUGUCCUUGAGGAUGUACAGUAUCUGAAGAACUUGGCUAGGAGCCUCACCGGAUGCUGCUGAGAACUUCAGGCUGAAAAUUCCCUUGCUGGUCAAGGGAAAAUUUUGUUUAAAAACUGUUUAAAAGUACUCCAAGUUAAUAAAGUAAAACAAAACUCUAGAGUUUCUCAGGUCUAAUCCUGCUGUAGCGAGUAGUUCAGAACAGACGCUGUGAUUUGGGACGGGUAUAUGGUGUGCAUGACAGCUACAGGAACCUGAAGAAAUCCCAGGUUUUAGAACUAAACAUGCUGGUGGAAGAAUAAUGAUGUCCCAGCACUCCCUAGACAAGAUAUAUGCUCUGUUGAUAUUCUCAUAAUAAAAGGUCGGGUUAAGCAGGUUUAACCCUCAGAACUGCUGCAAUUAAUUUUAAAUACCUCCCUUUUACAUUCCAUUCAUUACCAAAAUAGGAAUGGUAGAAAUCUUAGGGUCUAGAAUUACACUGUAGCGAAGCAUGAAAUAAACUGUAAGGUUUUGCCCUCACAUUUCUCCCUUCAGUUGGGAAAAAAAAACAAAAAAAACCCAAAAAAAAAAAACGUAAAGCAA